AUGAGUCAUCCUCCACCAAAUCGUUCAUGGAUGUACGAUAGAUGCUAUAGAGGAAGAGGUGCUUUGAAAGAGUCAUUCGUAUUGGGUGUUGAAGAGUUUAUAAUUAAAGCUUGUGAACAAGAACGUUAUCGAAGAGAUGGGGGGCUUCGAUGUCCAUGUUUAAAGUGUGACUGUACAAAGAUUCUGAACGAAAGAGUUGUCAAGGUCCACCUCUACAAAAACGGUUUCAAGCCUAAUUAUUUCAUUUGGGAGGAUCAUGGGGAAACCAUGCCAGAAAUUGAUUUAGUUAAUGAUGUCACUUCGAGGGGUGUGGAAACAGAAGGUGAACCAAAUGAACAAGUUAUGACGAUGGAAGACAUGGUGCAUGAUGCUCUUAUGCAAAGACAACCCUUCCAAGCAUCAAAUUCUUCUAACAUGGAAGAGGCUCCAAAUGAAGAAACUCAAAGGUUUUAUAACCUUUUGUUGGAGGCUAAUACGCCUUUGUAUGAAGGAGCAUCAGAUUCCACAUUAUCAAUGUGUGUGAGGCUUUUAGCUUGCAAGUCAAAUUGGAAUAUUCCUAACCAAUGCUUAGAUUUCAUUGCAAAUAUGGUUCUGGAUGCAACACCCAUCAAAUCUGGUUUGUCGAAAACUUAUUACGAUGCAAAAAAAAUAGUGUCGAAGCUGGGAUUACAGUCGCAGAGGAUUGAUUGUUGCGUGGAUGGUUGCAUGUUAUUCUAUGAUAAUGAUUAUGGAAAGAAUAAUGGAGCGUUGCUUGAAUGCAAAUUUUGUGGGAAGCCAAGGUAUCAACAACACAAGACAGGAGCAAGUUCUAAAAAACAAGUUCAUGUUAAAUCCAUGUUCUAUUUGCCAAUAAUUCCAAGACUCCAAAGAAUGUAUGCCUCAAAAGAAACUGCAGCAGAAAUGACAUGGCACCAUCACAAGUUCCUGUUAUAUCCUUGUAUUGUUCAGCCUGCAUCACAUAACCAUGUAGCCUAUCAAAUUGAAGACCAUCUAGCUUAA